CACAAACACGUCUGAGCUGGCCAGUGACUUGCCCUGGUCUUGUUUGACUAGCUUUCCGUCCACACCCAGUGGCGCCCCCCCUACCCCCUUCUGUGGAGUUGGGUUGGAGUCAGGAAUCCCAAGCAGGCUCGGCACUAUUUUGGGUGGUGUAGACCCCGCCCCCCACCUCCGACCGAGCCCCGGCUGUCCAGGCAGCUGGAGGGGUCGCUGCACCUCGGAUCAGGGCCGCCGACGCCUCUGCAGCCAUGUCAGGCCGCUCGGUGCCACAUGCCCACCCGGCCACCACCGAGUACGAAUUCGCCAACCCCAGCCGCCUGGGCGAGCAGCGCUUCGGCGAAGGCCUCCUGCCCGAAGAGAUCCUGACCCCCACCCUCUACCACGGCUACUACGUGCGGCCCCGGGCCGCCGCGGCUGGGGGGGGCGGCAGGGCCGGGGCCUCCGAGCUCAGGCUCAGUGAGGGCAAAUUUCAGGCCUUUCUGGAUGUGAGCCACUUCACCCCAGAUGAGGUGACCGUGAGGACUGUGGACAACCUGCUGGAGGUGUCUGCCCGGCACCCCCAGCGCCUGGACCGCCACGGCUUCGUGUCCCGAGAGUUCUGCCGCACCUACGUCCUGCCUGCGGACGUGGACCCCUGGCGGGUCCGCGCCGCUCUCUCCCACGACGGCAUCCUUAACCUGGAGGCGCCUCGGGGCGGCCGGCAUUUGGACACGGAGGUCAACGAGGUCUACAUCUCCCUGCUCCCUGCGCCCCCCGAUCCAGAGGAAGAGGAGGAGGCAAGCAGAGGGGAGUCCUGAGUGCCGCCGAGCCAGCCCCCAGCCAGCCCCCUUCCGCCUCCCACGGUGAUGGGAGCCGCUGCCCACCACCCCAGAGGUAGCAGCAUCCUUGGGGGAAGGGGAACGUGCACGGCCCACGAUGUAUGGUUUGGUCCCUUGAGACAUGUGAAAGCGUUUGUUUAGUCCUGGGUGGAGCUGAAUAAACCCCAAUCUCAGGGCCUUG